AUGAAUAGUAUUCGGGGAGUUCUCAUAGACCUUUCAGGAACAUUGCAUGUUGGCGACGUAGCAUGUGAGGGUGCUGUGGAAGGGUUGAAGCGACUACGUCUGGCGAACAUACCAUUUCGCUUUUGCACCAACACGACCAAAGAAAGUUGUGAAAAAUUAUUGAAAAAAUUAACAGGGCUUGGUUUCGAAAUUCACAAAAAUGAGAUAUUCACAUCUCUUAUCGCGUGUAGAAACUUGGUACAGUCGCGUAAAUUGAGACCAAUUUUGUUUCUCGAGGAAGCAGCAAUGGAAGAUUUUAAAGAAAUUGACACAUCCAAGCCGAAUGACUCGGUGGUUAUUGGAUUGUCCCCGUCAAAGUUUAACUAUGAAAAGUUGAAUUCAGCUUUCCGGAUUUUGAUAUCCAAUCCGGAUGCCCCGCUAAUUGCAAUCCACAAGGGCAAAUACUUUGCCGAAAACGACGGCCUAUCCCUCGGACCUGGUGCAUUUGUCGAAGCACUAGAAUACUCGGCCAAUGUGAAAUCAACCAUUGUUGGUAAACCCGAGAGAAGCUUUUACGAACUAGCGUUAAAAGAUAUGGGACU